AUGUACGCUUACAGAGAGGUAGAGAACCCACCAAUUGGCAACGAUGGGAUCGAUGCCAAUCAUUUUGAGCUCAAGCCAGGAUUGCUUAAUAUGGCUGAGGCUAAUGCUUUUGUGGGGAAGGCCAAUGAAGAUCCCAACAAGCAUCUUACUAAGUUUAUUCAGAUCAAUAACACGGUGAAGCUUAAUGGGGUGAGAGAUGAACAAAUCAGACUAAGGCUAUUCCCAUUUUCCUUGAGAGAUGAUGCUAGAGACUGGUACGACAGCAUGGGGUCAGGAUCUGUUAAAACGUGGGAUGCCAUGGUAGACUUAUUUUUGGAGAAGUAUUUCUCACCCAGUGAAGUUCUAAAGAGGCAAGCAGAGAUAAUUCAAUUCCAGAUGAAGCCUCAUGAGACAAUCCGAGAAGCAUGGGCCAGAUUUAAGACACUGUUGAAGAGAUGCCCAAAGCAUGGUCUAAGUCCGGGACAUCAAGUCAUAACUUUUUACAGGGGGUGUACUACAGAUGCAAUGCGUGAACUGAAUUGGAGCGCAGGAGGAGCACUCCUUCAAUUAGGAGAGAAUGAUGCCAUGCAAGUGAUUGAGAGAGUAGCUUCCACUGAUGAAGGAUGGAAUAAUGAAAGAAACAAGUCAUACAGGGUGGCCUCUGCUACAGAAGAUGAUAGGAUAGACAGAAUGUCAAAGCAGCUAGAUCUUUUGACCACUCAAUUAGGGAUCAUGGAGAUAAGACAACUUGGACCAGAACUGCAAGGAGGAGUUGAAGGUGUCAACUAUGUGCACCAAGGAGGGAAUAACAUGAACUUUAACAACUAUCGCCCCAACCAAGGUGGUGGUAACUAUAACAACUAUGGUAACAAAGUGCAUCCCAAUCUCUCAUAUGGGAAUCCAAACAAUGCUCUGCAAUCACCGCCAAGAUUCACAGUGUCUAAUGGGUUGGUAGAACAGCAGAAAAAGCCUACUACAGAAGAUAUCUUGGAGCAUUCAUGA